GACUCAAGUAAAAUAAAUCUAACGGCUGAGAUAUUUUUGCUUGAUAAGCAGGGAAAAUAGAAUAUAUUAUUAUAUAAAUUUAGGGUUACCAUUUCUUCAUCCCCUUUAUAUACACAAGACCACAUUUUCUCCAGAAUCCUCCAUUACUCUUCUUCUUCUCAACUUGUGAAUCUUGACAACUUUGUUGGAUUUUUCCAGAAGCAAUCAUGGUUAAAGGUCCAGGACUCUACACCGAAAUCGGCAAAAAAGCCAGAGAUCUUCUGUACAAGGACUACCAAGGAGACCAGAAAUUCAGUGUUACCACUUACUCUUCAACCGGUGUUGCGAUCACUACAACCGGGACAAACAAAGGAAGCGUGUUUUUGGGAGAUGUUGCUACCCAAGUGAAGAACAAGAACUUCACUGCUGAUGUCAAAGUUUCCACUGAUUCUUCUCUGUUGACCACUCUUACCUUUGAUGAGCCUGCCCCUGGACUUAAAGUAAUUGUUCAGGCUAAGUUACCUGAUCACAAAUCUGGAAAGGCUGAGGUUCAGUAUUUCCAUGACUAUGCUGCUAUCUCCACCAGCGUUGGAUUCACAGCUAGCCCGAUUGUCAAUUUCUCCGGUGUGGUUGGAACCAAUGUUUUGGCUCUUGGUACUGAUGUGGCCUUCAACACUGAAUCUGGCAACUUCAAACAUUUCAAUGCUGGUUUGAACUUCACCAAGGAUGAUUUGAUUGCUUCCCUCAUUCUGAAUGAAAAAGGUGAGAAACUGAACGCAUCCUACUACCAGAUUGUGAACCCAUUGACCAACACUGUGGUUGGAGCUGAGAUUAGCCACAACUUCACGACGAAAGAGAAUGCCAUCACUGUCGGGACUCAACACGCAAUUGACCCAUUGACCACAGUGAAGGCACGAGUGAACAAUGUUGGUGUGGCUAACGCACUGAUCCAACAUGAGUGGCGUCCAAAGUCGUUCUUCACCGUUUCUGGAGAGGUUGAUUCUAGGGCGAUCGAGAAGAGUGCUAAGGUUGGGAUUGCUCUCGCUCUCAAGCCUUGAGAAGAUACCACCAAAUGGGCCCUGAUGUGGGUAGAAUAGUUAUUUCGUUUUCGUCUUCAAAUCUUUGGACAAAUCUCUGUCUGGUUUGCUAAACAAUCUUUCAUUUGUUUUUUUUGUUCGGUGUUGGGAUUUUGUAGAAAAUAAAAGAAGAAAAAAAAACUAUUGAAAGGAUCAUCUCUUGAAGAUGAAGAACCAUUAAGAUCCUUUUUACUUAUUCUCUCUUUUUAUUCUCUGUAUGCUAAAAAUACUCUGCUCCACUUCCAAGUUCUUUAGUGGAUUUUUCUGAGAGAUUCUUACA